UACAUAUAUCUCUUUUAAGGUUCUAAAAAUCACUCAUUUUAAAUCAAAUCAAAGCGUACUCAGAUGCUCUUAGUCAUACAUUGUUGAUAAAGAAAACAUUCAAAUUUAAUACAUUUAAGUAAUUAUAAAUAAUGUUGUAUACGAAUUUAUGGAUUCCCUGAAUUAACUAAGGCGUCCCUUCAGCCUUUUUCAUGAAUUUGUCCCCUGUACGAAAGAAAGGUGUAUCUGAACUCCCCUCCCCCCCUGAACACAAAUAAUGGUUCUGGCACUGAGACGACAGAGGUCAAAGUCUACUGUCCCUAAGACAGUUCUGCUGGUUCAGCAGGAGGUACUCAGCAUGCCAGUCAGCCAGUCCAACCUCACACCUGCUACGACCAUGGGCGUCCUCCUCUUAGCUGUCAUCCUUACUUCCCACCUGGGGUUAACUCAAGGCAAGGUAACUCUCCCUUUCUACAUGUUCCUGCAACAGACCAAACCUUUCGAAGUGGAAAUGAACAGGGAAGAUGGAGCUGAGGGGAGUCUGCCCGCCAUAGACUCUGUUCCACUGGUUAUGAAGUUUCUAUUCGAGGCAGCGGAGAGAGUCUCCAACCGUGAGGUCCUGCCGGAAGGCGGGGACUUCCAGUCCUUAGCGCGCUCCUUCAAACCCAUCAACAUCCAAGAGACUGGCCUCCAGAGGGUGGAGUUGGAGUUCCCUCCGCUAUCCAACGGAGAACUGAUGCCAGGAAGUGAGGCCUGGCUCGUGUUCCAAUCCCGACAAUCUCACAUACUUGGUUACAACUGCACCCAGGAAUUGUCAGUGUACGAGAGCGAUAAGACAGGGUCCCAGCCUGUGGUGACUGUACCCCUCAACUACCAGACCUCUGACCCUCUCCUGGUGGUCAACAUCACAGAGUCCAUCCGCCAGAGGCCCCAGUCACCCACUUACUCUGUGCUGAUCACGGACAGCACCUCGUACAACCAUGACCAGGACCCUAAAUUACUCAGCUUCACAAAUUACAUUGACUGCAGUCUCACGAGGGUCUGUGAAGUGCUGGAGCUGCACGACCCUCAGGCCACCCCUGUCCUGCUUCUCCUCUCUCCGGAAUUUGCCACCAACAACCUACUGGAGUCUGCCGGUGGGAGCAGGAAUGGGAAUAGGAUCCGCCGCAAUGCAGACGAGAGAGAGAAGAGAAAGCCGGAGCAAAGCCUCAGAGAUGAAAAAAACAGUUGCCAACUGAUGAGGUGGGAGGUGAAUGUGGAGCAGCUCGGCUGGGAUUGGCUCAUCUAUCCAGAGCGUAUCCCUCUCAACUUGUGUGUGGGCAAGUGCCCUAUCCUGCUGGAUAGAGUCUACAAUGCCACCAGUCAUGCCGUAGCCAGAGGGCUCUACAGGCUAGUGCUGGGGCAAGAGUCCAAACCAGAGAACCAACCACCCUGCUGCGUGCCUGUCAAGUACCGUCGGUUUUCCAUGCUCAUCGAGAAGUUACCAGGAAUCAUCUCCUUGGAAACCAGUUCUGACCUCUCUGCCAUCCAAUGUGGCUGCCGAUGAACUUAUUAUCUGGCUGGCUCCGGUCUCUGUCCUACCGUUAUACCAAGUAUAAUUUUUGAAAAACAUUUACUGUAAAAACCAUCUUUUACAGUUAUCAUCGCUCGUGUUUAUUUCAGAAUUUUGCAAUCCAGUCCGUCCCACUAGUUGUGCUGUAGAGAGAUGAAUGUACAUAGUUACUGUACCUCAGGAAUAAGUUAUUUCAACACUUUUAUUUUUUAAAUGCUUGAAAUCUUUGUAACUAGUUAUAUUUUGUUCCGAUGAUGAUAGUAACAUGUAACAAGGACUAAUUGCAAGGAAAACUAUGAAUGAUUACUUUCAACUUUACAAUGUUUUUGCAACUGGAAUGAAAAUAGUUUUGUAUUCAAGGAAUAAAUAUUAUCCUGAGUUAAUAAUUUGAAUUAACUUAUCAGUUGAUUUACCUUGUAUAUAAUUAAACCUGUAAUAAAAAAAGGUUAAACUAAA